CAUCACAAGAUACUCUCUCUCUCUCUCUACAGUUCCUUCAUCCUCACCUCCACUCCUUGUAUCCGGUUCUCUCUCCCCGCUGAAUCCUUCGAUUGCUUCUUCUUCUUCUUCCUUGAUCCCUGCGACCUCGCUGCCGUCGCGCUCGACGAGCUCGCUCGUGCCGGCUUCGCUCUCUCGCCGCCUCGAAAUCCGGAGGUCUCAUGGUCUUCUGGCUCGUUCCGGGCUGAUCCUGCUCGGGGUUUCUGGGCUUCGUUUUCGUUCGCGUCGAGGACGGAGGGUUCGCGAUUGCUUCCGUCCACAUGAUUCCCUGGGGUGGUCUGAGCUGUUGCCUGAGCGCGGCGGCUCUGUACGUUCUCGGCAGAAGCAGUGGAAGGGAUGCGGAGGCUUUAAAGUGUGUUCUUCGGGUGAACCAAUUGAAGGAAUUAGCACAGCUUUUGGAUACGGAAUGUAAGGUGUUACCUUUGGUUGUUACACUUUCUGGAAGAGUUGGCUCUGACAUGCCAAUUAAUUGUGAGUAUAGUGGUCUACGAGGUGUGAUAGUGGAGGAGACGGCAGAGCAACACUUUCUGAAGCACAAUGAUGCUGGUUCUUGGAUUCAAGACUCUGCGUUGAUGCUAUCUAUGAGUAAAGAAGUUCCCUGGUUCCUGGAUGAUGGUACUAGCCGUGUGCAUGUAGUGGGGGCCCGAGGAGCCUCAGGUUUUGAACUAAACAUUGCAAGUGAAGUGUUUGAAGAGUCCGGAAGAUCUCUUGUACGAGGAACAUUAGAUUAUCUUCAGGGUCUCAAGAUGCUUGGGGUCAAGAGGAUUGAGCGCGUUCUACCUGUUGGUUCCUCCUUGACUGUUGUUGGUGAGGCCGUCAAAGAUGAUAUUGGGACGGUGCGGAUCCAGAGACCACACAAGGGGCCCUUUUAUGUAUCUCCUAAAACUAUUGACCAGCUCAUUUCAAAUCUUGGCAAAUGGGCUAGGUGGUAUAGGUAUGCUUCCUUUGGGUUUACAGUAUUCGGCAUUUGUUUGAUUGCAAAACGAGCUAUCCAAUACAUCAUGGAGAGAAAGCGACGCUGGGAAUUGCAGCGAAGGGUUCUUGCAGCUGCUGCUAGGAGAGCAGGACAAGAUACUGACGGUACAGAUGAAAAGACCAAAAGUGCACCAGACAAUGCUAAGAGAGACCGUUCAAUGCCAGAUCUCUGUGUCAUAUGCCUUGAGCAGGAGUACAAUUCCGUCUUUGUCCCGUGUGGGCAUAUGUGUUGCUGUACAACAUGCUCAUCGCACUUGACAAAUUGUCCACUUUGUCGGCGGCGGAUUGAGCAAGCUGUGAAAACCUUCCGCCAUUGAAAUAAUUGUAUUGCAGUUUGGAUCUCAUAAACUCGGAUGUAAUCAAGGUUCAGAAGGCUAAAUUCCGUUCUGGCCGCAUCGCUUCUCAUCUUGCCAUGUAAAAAUUUUCAUACUACAGAAUUCUUGCAUUAUGCUGGUGGUUAAAAGGCCAGCUUCUUGGAUGUCACAGCGACUCCCACAUUAUGUCUCUCAACAAGAAAUCUAUUGGUAACCUCCGCUAUUGUAAGUAAGUCCGAGGUUAGUUGUUGCUUGUCUUUGUAUAUUUGAUGCAGUCACCAGCAGCAAUUGUGCGGGUCUCUGUUGCUUCUACCAUUUUGGGACUAUCUGUUCCAUCCUCUACAAUUUGCUUAUCCCGACAAUUUUAUCAUAUUGGUGGCUGUUCAUGGGCUGUAACUUAUUAACAUGGCCUUAUUAUUAGACAUUGUCAGCAGUGAACUUGAAUACAUUCCUGAUGUAAGAGUUGCACCUGCAAAAUGUUGCUUUUGCGAGGGUGAACUUGAAGCUACUCAGCCAUUUAAUCCACUGAUUCUGAGUUUGAUGCCUCUGGUACAGUCGGAAUAAAUAGACAAUUUAUUCGUUAGAUUGACGAUGCGUCUGGUGCCAACUCAGAAUCUCAUUUUUGCUUGUCAUCGUUAUCGGAAUCGCUUUUUGACUCCUUUCAUCUGUGCACGGUUUCUAGUAGGUUGCUGUGACCAAAGCGGUAGCAACAGGUCCGCCAAUCCCAAGUUUGCUGUGUUAGAAUGCUUUUGUUAGAUUCCCCUUCUAGUUUUCCUGGAUAGCUAAUGGGCAAAUAAAGUGGGAAUUUGAUCCUAAACCGUCAAAUCACUGUGAAAUACGGGAAAAGCCAGCUCUCUUGCUGAUAUUCUUGUGUUUAAUUCUCGUUUUGAUCAUCUUGUUGAUCUUUCACGCAACCAAAUGACUCGGGUAUAUAACACGCCUGAACAAGCACUUGGAAUGUAGAGCUCUCCGGCCCUCCCCGUCUUCUGUUCACAUAUCACACACUCGGCCUUCUUCAUUCCCUUCAAACGCCUAUAGAUGGAAAGGAACCACUCCUACUCAACCUCCCAUCUCCAAGACAUUCGUCGUGCCCCGAUGUACCCGCUAUCUGUUGCCGCUCCCGAAGCGGUUGCCAUCGAGUUUGUGUAUGCGAAUCCGCCGAAUCCAGCGAACAAUAAAGAAGCAUCGUCUGGCGUCGAGGUGCCUAUUCACAAGAACAAUCAGGUGGGAAUGAUGCCCACCAUGGUCGAGCCUGCGAGGCAAUCGUCUCCUGAAAUGACCAAGACCAAGGCAAAGUCCAACUCGGUCGAGACGCUGGUCUUUGAAUCUCACCAGGGACGUGGCCUGUUGACGCAGAAGGAGGUAUUCCCUUCAAAAGACCUCGCAGUCGAAGUUGCAAUAAAGACCGAACCAGGAGCAUCUGCUGUCGCUGUCGUAGAGAAAGCAACGCCUAGAACAGAGAUGGCAUCUCCUUCGAAGCUAGCCGUCGGCCAAACCUCCGGCGCAAGGAAAGUUGAGGAGAAAGUUAAGCCCAAAUCCGAGAAAGUCCCGACCCCGAAGACUUCUGGGGAACCAAGAAAUGCCCCGAGGAAAGAUCAAAGUAGGGCAGCAAAGGAGAAAGGAGAGGACGUCAACAACCGAGUGUCCAAUUACAUCAGUCGCGCCAAGAUUAGACUCAGAACCAUGUCCACUGCUGGAGGAACGCAGGGUGCCGGGCAUAAGGACAGCGGGACCGAUCAUUUCGGGAACUAUAUUCAACGAGCUAAGAUGAAGAUCAGAACAAUGUCCGGCAUCGGUGGUGACAAUAAUGCUCAACCUAAGUGAGGCCGCUAAAGUCUAACUGAUAGCGCCUUUACCGGUACUAAAUAAUUCAGCGCGUGAUGCUCGGCCAUGGUUGCUCAUCAGGAACUAGAAAUAUGUAUUGGAUGUAAGUACUAUAAGAACAAGCUUCUGUUUACUUCUAGUGGUGUGGUUUGUUUCAGUUUCAAAUUGCCAAAAUAGAUUGCCUUUUUGUGCCAAA